AUGUCAACAAAUGUUGGUUCAUCUCUUUUUACAUUAUCAGAAUCACAUGAAAUGCUUCGCAAAACCUGCCGUGAUUUUGCUGAUCGAGAAUUAAAACCAAUCGCUGCAGAACUUGAUAAAACACAUCGAUAUCCAACAGAAAUUGUUAAAAAAAUAGGUGAUCUUGGUUUGAUGUGUGUUGAAGUCGAUGAAUCAUUAGGUGGCUCUGGUUUAGAUGCACUUGCUUAUGCUAUUGCUAUGGAAGAAAUAUCACGUGGAUGUGCCAGUACUGGUGUUAUCAUGUCUGCUCAUAAUUCUCUUUACAUUGGACCUAUUGUAAAAUAUGGAAAUAAACAACAAAUCGAACAGUUUGUCAAACCAUUUCUUCAUGGUGAUCGUGUUGGAUGUUUUGCUCUUUCUGAACCUGGUAAUGGUUCCGAUGCCGGUGCAGCAAGCACUACAGUUAAAGAACAUGAUAGUUCAAGUUAUGUAAUUAACGGUACAAAAUCAUGGAUUACUAAUGGAUAUGAAUCCGAAGCAGCUGUUAUCUUUGCAACAACUGAUAAAUCACUUAAACAUAAAGGCAUUAGUGCAUUUCUUGUCAAAAAACCAACAGAAGGCUUAUCAUUAGGCAAAAAAGAAGAUAAAUUAGGUAUCAAAGCUAGUUCAACAUGCAAUCUUAUAUUUGAUGAUUGUAUAAUUCCAAAAGAAAAUUUACUUGGUAAACAAGGUGAUGGAUUCAAAAUUGCAAUGGCAACACUUGAUUCAGGUCGUAUUGGUAUAGCAGGUCAAGCAUUAGGAAUUGCUCAAGCAUCACUUGAAUGUGCAAUUGAUUAUGCACAAAAGCGACAAGUAUUUGGUAAACAAUUAACACAAAUGCAAGCUAUACAAAUGAAAUUAGCUGAUAUGGAAAUGCGUUUACAAUCUGCUCGUUUAUUAACAUGGAAAGCUGCAGCAUUGAAAUCAUCUGGGCAACCAUUUACAAAAUUUGCUGCAAUGGCAAAAUUAGCUGCAUCAGAAUGUGCUACAUUUAAUGCUCAUCAAGCUAUACAAAUUUUAGGUGGAAUGGGUUAUGUUAGUGAUAUGCCAGCUGAACGUCAUUAUCGUGAUGCACGCAUAACAGAAAUAUAUGAGGGAACUAGUGAAAUUCAACGAUUAGUAAUUGCUGGUAAUCUUAUUAAAGAAUAUAGUGCAACAAAUGCUUAG